GCAAAAGAAAACAAAAACAUGAAUAUAACCUCAAAAUAUAAAUACAUCGCAAUUGUCCAAAAUAUUUACCAUUAUCUCUUUUACUUAAUUUUAAGUAUUUAUUAACAUUUUAGAUUCCAUAAAAUGUCGUCGAAACUAGAAAUCCAGUGGACCCCCAUUACAAACAAAUUUAUCACGUGGGGCUCCGAAAUUUGCUUGUAUGAAGUUCACCAAGACAGAGAUAACGUUUUACAAAGUAUUAAGUUAUCAAGCACAACGUCCGCGAAUUUACUGGCGACAAACACCAACCACCACUAUGUUAAAUGUCUGGAUGUUUAUCCAAAAUCUGAUGCGGAUUUAUUACUAGCUGUGGGUCUAUCAAAUGGGCGAAUAUCAUUAUCGACAUUUGGCCCCACGGAAUAUGAUGCCUUAGGUUUGACAGGGAAAGAAUUGGUGCCGAGACAUGCAAGGCAAUGCAAUGCCGUCUGUUGGAACACAAUUGAGACAAGUUUGGUGGCUGCCGGCUUAGACAAAUACAGAUCGGAUAACUCUGUUCUAAUUUGGGAUAUAAUGAAAUCAUCCCAAAAUAACGAAAAUAAUUCAGGGAGAAUGGCAGUUAAUACCAUGGCCCCAGGGGUGGAGCUAGCAAAACCAAUUGCUGAAUUUGGGGUCUCUGAAACGGCACACAGCAUGGCUUGGUUUAGUAGCAACAGUAAGGUUAUUGCAGUUGGGAUGAAUAUGAAGAAUAUCAAGUUUGUGGAUAUUAGAGAUCCUAAUAAAAUUACUAAUUCUACACUAACUAAAGCCGUUUUUGGCGUUUGUAUGGACCCAAAUGACGACCGACAUUUGGCGUCAUUUUCCGAAAAUAAUAUUUAUGUUUGGGAUACAAGAAAUUUUGAAAAACCUAUUCUGACGUUGCACCAGAAUAAACCUGUGAUUAAAAUUGCCUGGUGCCCCACAAAAUACAAUCUUUUGGGGUCGUUGCAAAAAGAAAGCUCUGUAAUUAAUUUAUAUGACAUACAACACACUGUAAUCGGGAACGAGGAAGUAGAACCGUCCGUUUUGGAAAGGAACGUAGUUCCGGGGUCCCCCCAUAAUAUAAUGUCGUUUUCUUGGCACAAUUCAGACGAAAACAGAUUUCUGACAAUAGCAUUGUCGGGAACUAUAACAGACUAUACAGUUUUCGACAGAAUAACACUUAACUGGGCCCCCACAUCGAACGUUGUGUGGACUUAUGGCCGCAAGACUAUGAAAUAUAUAAACGACACUCCUCUACAGGACAUUUCAACAAAAAUCCGAGAGAGGGCACUGUCUGGCUACGGCUUAAAAGCAGAGAUUUACAAAAACGGCGAAGUGGUGGAUAAUGAAAUGUUGGCAAACGUUUGGAAUUGGCUAUUUUUAAGCGGAAAAUUGGUGGAAGAUGGGGUUUUAGCCGGCACUCAAUGUAAACAUCCGGGGGUACAAGCGGUACUAAAGCUUGACCCCAGUAACAACAAAUCUGAUCAUUAUUCCUUGCUAUGGUCAGAUUUGGGGAACAAAAACUGUCAAGGAGUGGUUCGAAUUUUCAAACACGAGGAUAGGGAUAAAGCGUUACAUUUAUGCAGUUGGCACUUUGAAAGAGAUUCAAAUCAGUUGACUGCCUUUUUGGAGCAACUUGAAAAAGAAGGAGCUUAUACAAGAGCUGCAGCAAUCGCGGUUUUCAGUUUGAAAAUACGCUUGGCGAUUGAAAUUUUAAGUCGGGCUCCUGAAACCCUGGUGUUUGGAUUGGGUCUAAAUGUUGUAGCAAUGGCGCUUGCGGGGUUUACCGAUGAUAAGAAUAGUGUAUGGAAACAGUUUUGCUCGACGGCGAAACAAAAAUUAUCCGAUCCGUAUUUGAAAGUGAUUUUCAGCUUUUUGACAGCAGAGAAUUAUAAUUUUGAGAGCGUUUUGAAUGAGAGUGGGGUAACAGUUGACGAUCGAGUCGCUUUUGCCUGCAUGUUUUUACCUGAUAACCGAUUGCACGACUAUUUGAAAAAAUUAUCAGAUAAAUUAAUAGAAGAGGGGAAUUUGGACGGUUUGUUGCUGACAGGGACAAACCAUGACGGGAUUAAAUUAUUACAGAGAUAUUUGGACGCCACUGGUGAUAUUCAGUCGACUGCUGUCAUAGCCGUCCGUGCUUUUCCAGUGGAACAAUUUUCCGAAGUUAUCAAAGACUGGGUUUCGAGUUAUCGCAAUCUGCUCGAUACUUGGCAGUUAUGGAACGAAAGAGCGCACUUUGAUAUCAUGUUGAGUACUUAUUGCCCCGCUGAUAAACCCCCACAACAAGUAUACGUUUCCUGUAACUUUUGCGGCAAAAGUAUAUCUGCCUAUAUGUACGGUCUCACCAGGGGCCGUGGCCCAUUUACUCGAAUAGGCGGCACCGCUAAUAAACUCAAGAUGUCAUCAUGUCCCAACUGUCGUAAACCGUUACCGAGGUGUGCUAUAUGUCUCAUGCAUAUGGGCACCACCACGGGGAAUUUUAGCAGCGAAGUCGAUAGUAGUAAAAUUAUUGAAUUUUCGAACUGGUUCACGUGGUGUCAGACGUGCAGACAUGGGGGGCACGUGUCUCAUAUGACCCACUGGUUUGAUGAGCAUUCGGAAUGUCCAGUAACCGCCUGCACUUGUAAAUGUUUUUCCGUUGAUUCGCUCAGCAAUGCGAUUAUUAAGUGAAAUGUGAUAUUUUAGACUGGUAAGAAUUAGGUACUGUACUUUAAGAAUUUUGUUAAACACACACGUAACGUUUCUGUGAAUAAACGUAUUUUUUAAAACCUUUAAA